CAGAAAACAAAAAAAAACGAUGUGGGAGGCUCACGAGUGUUCUCUCCUCUCUCCGGCCACAUGACGCACCGAGGUCACUGCCAUCUGGUCCGCCUCGGCACGACGCAUACGCAGAUGUGCGAUUUGUCGUGUGAGGCUCCCGGCCUCUCCCGCUGAGCACACGGCAGCCACGGACGUUGCAUGGAGAAGCAAAAGCGCCCUUCCGAGGAUUGAACUCACCCUCCAUGCACCCUCGUGCUUUGCCCUCAGGUAUGCACCCUCGUGCUUUGCCCUCAGGUAUGCAAAGCACCUCAGGUAUGCACCCUCGUGCUUUGCCCUCAGGUAUGCACCCUCGUGCUUUGCCCUCGGGUAGGGCUGUGCGUUGACCCCAGUGGAGAUGAAUGAGGACUCAGCGGCGAGAGUGAUCCAACGGUCGGCGAGAGCGUCUCUGUGGCGGCGACGAGAUCAAGCACUCAGGACGGGAGACGACUCUGAUGCAGACCGCGAGGCUCCAGCAGCGCAGCCAGCACCUGAGGCGACCGCCGCGGCUCCCUGUUGCUCAUGCAACAGCAAAGGGAACCCACGCGGAGGCCAGUGCAAGAACUGUGACUGCAGGAGGAACAACAGGAUCUGCCGCAACUGUGUGCCAAUGGGGCAGGGAAGAUGCGUAAACCAAGGCCAAGGCCCAGCAGGUGCCGCAGCAUCGCCAUCGCCACCAUCGCAGCCCCCGGACACCCAGCUCUGCCCGCGAUGCGGUCGCCGGCCGCUUCCGAAUUCUCGACACGCAGCGUGCUUCAUCUGCCUUGCAGAGGGCGCUGCGCCGCCCACGUCCGUCCCGCCUCCCCGGCACCCCUCGCUCGCACCCUCCGCAUCCCCGAUCGACACCGCAUUCAUCGACGGGAAGAUGGAGCAGGCCUUCGGACGGCCGAUGCUCAACCGGCCUGGGCACCAGGAUGCCACUCAGUGGCAGAAGUGGCACAGCCGCAUCUGCCAGCUCAGCGGCAGGCGCUUCGGGGUGCCCGGAGGCAAUGUGGGGGAUAGGGUGGUGGGGGUUGUGGCGGAUGCUGUCGAGCAGUAUGCGGCCAAGGCCUGCCCCUCGGAGGUGAUCCUCGUCGGCAAGGCCGUCAUCCUCCAGCGGCACCCACACGUGACGACAUUCAAGGACAGGCGGCGGGUCGUCGACAGGCGCAUCGCCAUGUGGCGGCAGGGCAAGGUCGAGGAGCUCGUGCUCGAGGCCGAGCGCUGCGACAAGCUGGGCCCGCCGUUGAAGCCGCUGAAGGGAGAUGAGGACGAGAACGAGCACACCAUCCGUGUCUUCAGCCGGCUGGUGGAUCAGGGGCGCCUGCGACAGGCACAGCGGUUCCUGACUGAGCGUGGGGGCGGUGGUGUGCUGGACCCACAAGACGUCGCCGAGAACGACACCAGGACCGUCCGGGAGGUGCUGGCGGACAAGCAUCCUCAGCAGCGGACCGCCGACCCCGCGGCGUUCAUCGAUGGUGAUCUCCCGCCACUUGUGGGGGUCGACAUAACGGCCAACCAGGUCGAGCGGGCUGCACGCGAGAUCCAGGGUGGGGUGGGGCCAUCGGGGGGCGACGCAACGCUGUGGAAGGACCUCCUGCUCAAACACGGCGGCCACAGCACUCGGCUGCGCCAGGCGGUCGCGGACGCCACCCGCAUGAUGGCCAACGAGGUGGUGGACUGGGAGCACGUCCAAGCCCUGCGUGGAUGCCGUCUGCUGGCCCUCGACAAGUGCCCUGGUGUCCGCCCGAUCGGUGUAGGGGAGGUCCUCAUGCGCAUCAUGGGCAAGGCGAUGAGCAUGGAGAGCGCAUUCGACUUGGAGAGAGAGUGCGGCGAGGACCAGCUGUGUGCCGGCCUGAAGGGGGGCAUAGAGGCGGCGAUUCAUGCCGUGAGCGGCCUGUUUGAUUGUGGUGAGGGGGAGGCGGAGUGUGUGCUGCUCGGGGACGCGACGAACGCCUUCAACACCCUCAGUCGCCCUGCAGCGCUCUGGAGUGCCCGGCACCUGUGGCCACGUGCGUCCCGGUUCCUGUUCAACACCUACCAGGGCCACGCUGCGCUCUACCUGAGGGGCGAGAAGGAGCCGCUGUGGAGUCAGGAGGGGACCACUCAGGGCGAUCCGAUGGCCAUGCCGAUGUAUGCCGCCGGCACCCUGCCACUCAUCCGCAGCCUCAAGGAGCCAGCAGAGCAGGGGCCACAGGUGUGGUUCGCGGACGACUCGUCCAAGUGCAGCUCCCUCGAGCGGGCGAGUGAGUGGUGGGACAAGCUUGGUGAGAGGGGGCCGCCGUACGGCUACUUUCCCAACGCACACAAGUCCAUCUUGGUGGUGCGAGAGGGGUUGGAGGAGAGGGCGCGGGAGGUGUUUGAGGGGGUGGAGGGGCUGACCAUCACGACAGGCAGCCGGUACCUGGGCGGCUACGUCGGCACAAGGGAGGGCCGCCGCGCGUAUGUGCAGCAGAAGGUGGAGCGGUGGGAGGAGUGCAUCAGGGACGUCGCACGCGCCGCGACCAAGCGUCCGCAGCAGGCCCACGUCGUCAUGACCAAGUCGCUGCAGGCCGAGUGGGACUUCGUCAUGCGCGUCAUCCCCGAGGAGAAGGAGACCUUCGAGCCCCUUCGCCACCUACUCGCCACGACUUACCUGCCCGGCCUCUGCGGCAAGUCCGUCGACGAGGCUGAGGCCGCGGUCAUGCUGCUGUCGGCACGGCAUGGCGGCACGGGGGUGCGCGAUCCGACCGAGCGGGUCGCUGAGGCGUACGAGACGUCCAUCCAGGGCACCGACGUGCUCACCAUCGCCAUUCAGCGCGGCACUCAUCCAGACCAGCCCUUCGACCCGUCCAUCCACCGCCUUCAGGUGCACACGGCCAUUCACGAAGGGAAGAGGAGGGCGGACGCACGGGCCAAGGAGCGCUUCGACGACGGCGUCUCCCGCCUUCCCCCAGGAUGCCAGCGAGCUGCUCGGCGCGCGCAGGAGGCCAAGACGCACGCAUGGCUCACGGCCAUGCCGUCGUGCAGCGACCAGACCGACCUGAGCGGCGAUGCCUUUCGGGACGGCCUGGCUGUUCUCUACGGCUACCGCCCAUCCAACCUCCCCUCCAGCUGCCCAGGGUGUGGUUCCGCCUUCACCCUCACCCAUGCCCUGGACUGCCCGAAGGGCGGGCUGGUGAUUCAGCGACAGAACGAGCUGCGGGACGUGAUUGGCGAUGUCGGCAGGAUGGCCUUUGGGGCAGGGAGCGUCCACAAGGAGGUGGUGUUGAAGGAGGGGGAUGGGCGGGGAAGGGAGGGGGUCAGGACGGACCUGGUGAUCCGUGGUGUGUGGGACCGCUAGAGGGAUGCAUCGUUCGACGUGUGCGUCACUGACGCUGAUGCUCCCUCAUACGGCAACCGCCCCACGCGAUCCAUCCUGGCGACGCACGAGCACAGAAAGAAGAACAAGCAUGUGCGCGUCUGCGAGGACCUGUCCAUGACCUUCACCCCUCUGGUCGUCACCGUCGAUGGGGUGUGGGGGAGGGAGGCGGAGCACUUCUUCACCCGCUUGACUGAGCAGCUGUUGACGAGGCAAGGGUGGUCAGAUAGGGGGCGAGGGCGAGUGCAUGGGUGGCUGCGUGUUCGUUUGUCUGUUGCAUUGGUGCGGGCUGCUAGCCUGUGUUUGAGGGGCGGGAGGCAGUCAUGGCGUGGUGUUGGGGCGAUGGACGGGGCUGGGGUGUUCUCAUCGAAUGAGUGAGCAUGACCUAUGUGCAUAGGCAUAUGUGGAUAGAUUCAUCGGGACGGUGUGUGGACAAAUGAGUGCAUGGAUGCGAUCGGUUAAUCAUCUCUCUCUUCCCCUAGAUUUUUAUUCCCCUAGAUUUUUAUUCCCCUCGAUCUUUAUUCAAGCUCG